UUUCCUACCCGAGCGGAUAGUAUCUCACAGUCAGUGCGCUUUACGCUGUGACUGGAAGAAGGGCAGCUGUCGGUCCGCUGACGGACGUAUACCUCCUUUUUCUUCUACGUCAAUUUAAGUAUAGAUAGUAUUCUUUUUUAAAUAUUUGUAGGCUAUAUAUUUUUCUUUUUUAGGUGAGGGAUUAACCGCAGAGGGAAAACGUUUGUCGGUGCAAGAACGUGGACGCGUUUUGGUUUUAUUGCAAUCUUGAUACCCAGCGACAAAUCUGCGGUUUCCCUGGAGCAACACAAGGCUGGUGUGAAGCCGUAAAUAUCUGGGAUACAUUUAUCUGUGGUCGGGGAAAUGCAACGUUGUCCCCGACCAGUGUUUUAAAUGGGGACGCCGGCGCGAGCCGCACCGCUGGAAUCACGCCGAUGUGGAGCGAUCUCUAUGCCUGCAGAAGGUGACCACUGAGCAGUGCGGUGCCAUCACGACAUUCAGGUGGGGCUUGAAGCCUCCUUUUUCUACGGGUAUCUUUAUUCACGUUUUUUGUCACACCAUAUUUUGUCUUCUGAAAUCCCAAUAACAACUAAUGUGUUGUCAUUGCUUUUUUGAGUAACCCAUUAAAAAACGCACUGAAAAUGGGAAACGGCUUUUCCAACAUCGCAGGCUUUCAGUCUCUCCAUAUUGUCAUGUUGGGUCUGGACUCUGCCGGCAAAACCACGGUUCUGUACCGCUUGAAAUUUAAUGAGUUCGUCAACACUGUGCCCACAAUCGGCUUCAACACCGAAAAGAUCAAGCUUAGCAACUGCAGCGCCAAGGGCAUCAGCUGUCACUUCUGGGACGUGGGGGGGCAGGAAAAGCUGCGGCCCCUCUGGAAGUCCUACAGCCGCUGUACGGAUGGCAUCAUCUAUGUGGUGGACUCGGUGGACGUAGACAGGCUGGAGGAGGCCAAGACCGAGCUGCACAAAGUCACCAAAUUCUCGGAGAACCAAGGAACCCCGGUGCUGGUGAUCGCCAACAAGCAGGACCUUCCCAGAUCGCUUCCGGUGGCCGACAUCGAGAAGCAGCUGGCGCUCCAUGAACUCACACCGGCCACUACCUACCACGUCCAACCGGCCUGUGCCAUCAUCGGGGAGGGUCUAUACGAGGGCAUGGACAAACUAUACGAAAUGAUUGUGAAACGGAGAAAAUCGCUGAAACAGAAAAAGAAACGAUAGCGAAAAGCGGAGGAUUCGCGUUUUAGAUGUGUGUUUGCGGUGUCUCAUUGGUGCCGCUGAAACUCUACUUAUUUGGAAGGGAUUUCUGUUUCCUUUGGGUUGAAGUUCAAGGAACCUGUUGUGAAGCUUCCGAGCAAUAUGUGUUGCACGUAUUGUUAUACUAAAACGGGUGCUGGAUUGUUUUAACUAAAACUUGCGCUGGUUUAGGAGCAAAAUCAGAAGUUUAAGAACUGGCUGGUCCCAGUUUUUGCUGCUUCUUCGUGGAUUUUAAAUGUAGCUUGACAAUUUUAUCUCGACACAAAGCACUGUGACUACUGCUGGAAGUGUAUUGAGUUUCUGGUCCUUUGAACUAAAUACAUUUAUUGCAAUGACUUUGCACGCAAUGUGAAUGCACGUCAUGCAUACCGAAGUCGACUUUGUCAAUUGAAAUGUCUGAUUUUUAGUUUUACAGUAAUAAAUCGGAAAUUAAAGACCGGCACUUGUUCCAGGUAAUAGGCUAGAUGAUUCUGCAGUUAUGAGAUGGGUUCACCUUGACGAUAAUAUGUUGUCAUUAUGAACAUUAACAAAGUUUAGUAUAGUGCGUACUCACCAGAAAGACGGCUUGCCUGUAGUAAUAUAGGUAACAAUUGCAAACGAAAUUUUUUAAACAAAAUAUAUAAAGCUAUGACACUGUAUAGUAACGCAAGACUGAUGUACAGUAGAAGCCAAAACAAUUCUGAAGUAUUUUUGAUUAAAAAUUAUUCAAAUUAACUCGA